GUUAAGGAAAGAAAUCACUGUCAUACCUUAAUCAAAUCAUACUUGCUAAUCAUAACCGCCAGCUCAAGAAUUUGACCGUUGAGCCGCUCCCCUGCCUCAAUUCAAACACACAGUCCAUUGCCUCUCAAUAAAACCCUAAAAACCGCAGAAAAAAAGAACCCAUUGAGUCAAGGAUGAAAACCAUCUUCCAUCUCUUUCUUUAAUUUUCUGUCAUCUCUUUAACCCUCUUUCUCCGUGCACAGUUUUAUUUGAAGAAAAUGUCAAGGAUGAAAACCGUUGGCAAGCCUCCACUUGCUAAAUCGCCCACCAGGCUGCGUCCUCGCCGUUCUAUUCGAUCUGAAUCCACCACUUCACAGACUCCUCCUGGUUCUUUAGCUAAAUCUCAGAGACCAAACAGGAAAUGGGACAUGGAAGAAUCUGAUCUCCGCCCUGAAUACCAAUCAAUAUCCUGGGAGUUACGUGCUCUAGCGAAGAUGGCUCGCGGUGAAUUUGGAAAUGGGGAGUCAAGUAAUGGUGGAGUUGGUCGAAGUUUGAGUGCAAAUUCUAGCCCUUUGUUUGAGAGAGGCAGGUUUUAUGAGGAGUAUUCUGUUAGGAGAAAUGAGAGGUUGAAGAGAAAGAAAGGAGACACAGGAAAUGAGGUGAAGACUCCUUGUAAUCUUGGAGUAACUAUUGAGUCUUCAAAGAGGAGGGAUUCGAAGAAGCUUGAGAGCUUGAGGAAAUCUGUUUCUGCUGCUUACUGUGUGGAGAGAAAUGAGAAUUCAAGGUACAUGUUGAGGAGCAUGAAUAAAGAGAACAAGAAGCCUCCUUUGCCUGUUUACAAUUACGAGAAAUCUGUGCUUGCAAGUGAAAGGAAAGUUACUGCUCGGAAGGCUAGGAAAAUCUGAAUGUUGGAAUUGGGUUUUAAAGAUGGUUUUAUUGAUUUUGAAUCUUCUUUGGGAAUUUGCUUUGUAAGGGAAACUGGAUCUUACGUCAUACUCUUAUAUGAGUAUUAUUAUUGUUUUAAAAGCCUGUUUGGGUUCAA